UCUCGUCUUUUAUCUUUCACCCUCCUUUCCGUCUCGUCUCCAGCCACGCUUCCGCCAUUUGCGCAUUCCGUCGCAUUGCGCGCUCCUCCCUCUCGCAUCGCUUCUUCCGUCGCGCCGCCUUGUCACUAAAAGACGGUCCAUCGCCUGAUUGGUCAAUCACUUCCCUGCACCACUCUUUCUCUUCCCGCCAGCAACUGGCACCAUUGAAGCUCGCCCGCUAGCCUGAGCCCCCCGACUCUCCGUUCAUUCACUUCCCUUAUCGCGGAUUCGAUCCCCGCGCUGUCAUGCGUGCGCAGCCAUGAAGCGGAAGCAAGGGGGGCCCCCGAUUCCCCCAUGGCUCGCGUAUUCUCUCGCUCGGCUCUCUCACCUCGCCCCUCCCGGCUCUCUCCUCCAGUCCUCUUACCACAGAUUAAGACAUUCCCUCUCCUCCUCUCGCCGCUCGCAAGCAAUCGCCGCCUCCCUCCUCGCUAUAAUUAGCCUCGUUAUCAUCUGUUCCCUCCUCCCGCCCCGCCGCCCCGCCGACACCCGGCCGAUCGAGGAGCGGGAGAACUGGCGCACAGAGUCGAACCGCGCGUGCCUAAAGAGCAAGGAAUGGCGGCGUCCGCUGUGCUGGCGAACGGAGGGCAUCGUGUGGCACGUGCGCCAGUUCGAGAUCUGGAAGGUCGUCGCUUGGGAGGCGGCAACCACCGCCGCCGCCGCCGCUGACGCUGCUGCCGACGCUGAAACGGCCUCCGCAACCGGCGACCGCGGCGGAAGCAGCGGCGGAAGCGGCGGAGAAUCAGCAGCAGCCGGUACAGCAUCGACGGCUGUAGCGGGCGUGGUGCCGUCUUCAGCGGUGACGGUCCCGAUGAGCCAGAUCGACCUGGCGGUUCUCAAGAGCCCCGCGCUCGCCGCCAAGUGGACGGCGGGCACGAAGCCCGCGCCGGACGGGCUGCUGCACGCCUUAGUGGACCAGUUCCCGUGCGCCGCGCACGGCUGCUGCGCCGUUCACUGGCGAUUAAGACCCAAUUCGACGGACCUGCUGUCGCUAGGGAACCACUUCGUGCGCUUCGAGUACUCCGCGCUCCUUAAGAUCCCCAUCGAGCCUGAAUAUAUUUUAGAUGCGGGCGGGACGGGAAUGGCGGCGCUGGCGUUCGCGCUGCUGUAUCCGCGCGCGCUGGUGGUGCGCGUGGAACCGGAGGCGGAGAAUUUCCGCGUGGGCGUGGUGAACAGCGCGCGCGUGGGGAACAUUGUCCACGUGCGCGCGGCGCUGUGGGACCGCAUUGCGCCGCUCUCCCUCUGCGAGUCGCGGUCGGAGCUGCCGGGGGACGCUGACUGGCCGUUCGCGAAUACCAGCCGGCAGUUAGGGUUUGUGACGGAGGAAGGGGGGGGAGGAGGGGGAGGGAGCGGGGCGGGGGGAGGGGGUGGCGGAGGGGGGAGCGGCAGCAAGGGGAAGUGGGGAGGCGGGCAGGGGCAAAAACAGAGGGUGAGGGAGAGAGAGAGGACGAGGUAUCAGGAGAGGCUGGUGGGAGCAGGGCCGACGUGCGAGGGCAGGGUGAGGGGGCAGGUGCAGGGCAGCACGCUGACGGCAAUAAUGGCAGCGUAUGGCAUCCCGAGAUUUGAUCUGGUGAAGAUGGAUAUCGAGGGUGCAGAGCGGAGGGUGUUUGCGCACAAGCCGUCGCUGCGGGUGUUGAGAGGGGUGCAGGUGUUUAUAGGGGAGUUGCAUGAGGGAGGGGGCGUGUGUGAGGGGUGCCGCGGCACGGUGCUGCGGAAUUUCGAGCGGUGGGGAGGGUUUAGGAAGUUUGUGGAUGGGCGGAAUGUUCUGAUGCUGAGCAAAAACCUCUUCUCGUGCUAGCAGGAAGACAGGCAAAAGCAGCUGUUCUCGGGCUAGCAGGAAUGUGCAAUUCAGUCCACUUGUACCACAGCUGGAUGGUUUAAUGUGGUGCCUGAGCGCACCUUUAUCGGCUUUGAGGGCAGGAGCUUGGGAUCCAGCUCACACAGCAAGCUCGUUUAGGUGCCUGUGCUACGGCAUUGGCAUUGGAAAGCGUACCAAUAGAGUGCCACAGCUACUGAGAUGAGGAGCACAUGCAGGGCAGACCCCCUUCUCUGCCUUGCCCCUGGGCGUUCAGUAGGCCAUUGUGGUGCGGUACAACUUGUAACGUGAAAAGAGAGUAUUCACACAAGGGUAGGGUAGGGUGGUUGUGAGCCAGCCAACAUGCUACAGCAUCUGCUGCGUGGUUGCAGCUUCUGUGUUGCUGCCUAUCCAGCCCACUCCUGCCCUGACAUUGUGGAACUUGGAAUGCCAGCCUUGCCACAUCGGGGCUAGUGGCAUUCAAGAGCUCUUGCGCAGCAACCA